UGUAUUCCAUCGCGGCAAUUCUUGAUAAUACUUGAUUGCAGAAAGAAAGGAAAGAAUAUUCAAGCUGGCAAGCUUCAAAGCUUCAAAGUAUUUUGUGGAUUGAAUAAGAAGAUAAAGGUGCAGAGAGAGAGUCUGUUAUGGCUUCAAGUCUUGGUGCGAAAAGGCCUGGAGCUGUUCUCGGUGGUUUGGGUAAGAAGGACGAAAAUGAAAAGUUGGACGAAAAGCAACUGGAAUUAAGUAUGAAGCAGUUGAACUUGCUGCACAUCAAGUGCCGAGAGUUACGCACCACAGUCCAGCGGAUGCUUGAGACGAUACCAAACAAUGCUGCUACUCCCCAAGAGUUUUAUGAGUCCUUUAUCAGGUCCAUAGACAACGCAAGCAACCAAAUUAAGGACUUCAGCUCCCUCUACAAUAGCGAGCAGAGCAAGAAGGCUUUGGACCAGGCCAAAAAGAGCCGCGAGGCUGAUCCAAAGGGUAUUAAGCCUUGGAGGGCCAAGGACCAUCCUGACUGGUUGGAUAUCGCUGAGUAGAGUCCUUUUCAACAAUCUCUGGGGGGCUUGAUCAUACAAAGACCAUAGGAUCUCGCCAGGAAUCACUUAACUCAAAAAUCUACGAAGGGAUGAUUUUCAUCUAGAACGACCAUGGCACUUUUACUACUAGGCUAUUGCAUAGGCUCGCGAUG